ACUUCUAGUAUAUAGUAAUAGUAUAUACAUAUAUAGCAACUAGCAAGGUGGCAAGAAUCUAUCCACUAGCAAAUAGCAAUUAGCUAAUAUACAUCUGAUCCGAGUUGUGAAAGGUGUUGAGUUUCCUUUCUCUCUUUAGAAUAUCUUUAACAAAAUAUAAUAUAUUAUCAUUUGAACAUAGUAUAAAUUGAUAUUGUGCUGGGAACGUUACGUGCUGUCAAAAGAAUAAAAAUAAAUAGUAACCAUGUCGAAAAUAAAGGCCGGACCCGUUGUUGAUAUCCUCGGCGAUGAAAUGACCCGUAUCAUUUGGGAUCUAAUCAAGGAAAAAUUGAUCUUACCAUUUUUGGACAUUGAAUUACAUACUUAUGACUUAGGUAUGGAAAAUCGUGACAAAACAGACGAUCAGGUUACAAUUGACUGUGCUAAUGCUAUCAAAAAAUACAAUGUUGGUAUUAAAUGCGCUACUAUUACGCCUGAUGAGAAAAGAGUCGAAGAAUUUAACCUAAAAAAGAUGUGGAAGAGCCCUAAUGGUACAAUCCGUAAUAUUCUUGGAGGAACUGUCUUCAGAGAGGCUAUAAUCUGUAAAAAUAUUCCACGUCUAGUUACUGGUUGGGAAAAACCAAUUAUUAUUGGACGUCACGCUCAUGCUGAUCAAUAUAAAGCUACUGAUUUCGUAGUUCCUGGAGCAGGAAAACUAGAACUUGUGUUCACUCCACAAUCUGGUGAACCAAUAAAGUAUGUCGUAAAUGAAUAUAAAGGUCCCGGUGUCGCUCUCGGUAUGUUUAACACAGAUGCCUCUAUUGUUGACUUUGCUCAUUCUUCCUUCAAGUUUGCUUUGGGAAGAAAGUACCCUCUUUACUUGAGUACAAAGAAUACAAUUCUGAAAAAGUACGACGGCCGUUUCAAGGAUAUUUUCCAAGAAAUUUACGAGAAAGACUAUAAGUCACAGUUUGAAGCGGCAGGUAUUUGGUAUGAACAUCGUUUGAUCGACGAUAUGGUCGCCUAUGCCAUGAAAUCUGACGGUGGCUUUGUUUGGGCUUGCAAGAAUUACGAUGGCGAUGUUCAGUCCGACUCGGUCGCUCAAGGAUACGGGUCACUUGGUCUUAUGACUUCGGUUUUGAUUUGUCCCGAUGGAAAAACCGUAGAAGCUGAAGCAGCUCAUGGAACUGUUACGAGACACUUCCGAUUCUACCAACAAGGAAAGGAAACUUCCACAAACCCAAUCGCCUCCAUCUUUGCAUGGACAAGAGGACUUCUACAUCGCGCUACUUUAGACAAAAACGCUGAACUCCAAAAGUUCGCAGAAACCCUUGAAAGUGUUUGUAUUAACACUAUUGAAUCAGGAAUUAUGACUAAAGAUCUUGCCAUAUGCAUCAAGGGUAUGAAUAAUGUAAAGAGGUCCGAUUAUUAUGAAACUUUUGAAUUCAUGGACAAAUUGGCGGAAAAUUUAAGGAAGGAUUUGGGAAAAUGACUAUCGUCAACGAGAAAAAUGAGUAAUUUGUAAUGCUUAUUACUUUUUAUAAAUUAUACAAUAACAUAUUUAUUAUUUAUUAUGGGUUCAAGGAUUAUAUUACCGCAUUUAAUUAAUAUUUUUAUAUAAUAAAUUAUGUAAUGUCAGUGAAUAA